UUUUGACAGUGGAAUUUUGACAUAAAUAAAAUAAAUAACAGCAGCUUUGAAGCUGUAUCCCUGGUAAUUAAAAGUUAAUUUCUUUUAUUUUUUCUCUGUGCAGUGACUCCAGAUUUGGAGGUUUAAUCAGUCAAGACGGGGAACGAAAUGUCAGCCUCGGCCAUGGAGAAGCAUCUCUUCAAUUUAAAAUUUGCUGUGAAAGAGCUGGAACGGAAUUCGAAAAGAUGCGACAAGGAAGAGAAGCAGGAGAAGGCCAAGACAAAGCAGGCGAUACAAAAGGGGAAUAUGGAAGUGGCGAGAAUACAUGCGGAGAAUGCAAUACGGCAAAAGAAUCAAUCACUUAAUUACUUGAGGAUGUCGGCACGUGUGGACGCGGUGUCUAGCAGAGUACAAACGGCGCUUACAACUAGAAAAGUUACAAAUUCCAUGGCCGGUGUAGUAAAAGCAAUGGAUGCAGCUAUGAAAAGUAUGAAUUUAGAAAAAAUCUCUACACUAAUGGACAAAUUUGAGCAGCAAUUCGAAGAUCUAGAUGUUCAAAGUAGUUACAUGGACACUGCAAUGUCGCAAUCAACAACUACAUCUGUGCCACAGAAUGACGUCGACUCGCUUAUGCAGCAAGUUGCAGAUGAAGCCGGUUUGGAACUUAACAUGGAACUACCGACUGGUGUACAAACCGGUAGCGUAGCAGCGACCGUAGCUUCUCAGGAACAAGAUGAGUUAUCACAACGUCUGGCGCGUUUGAGGCAAGCGGAAUAAGCAAUUUAGUACUAUUCAAAUUUGGAAAAAUAUUACCGUUACAACUACAGCAGCCAAUACCUAUUUUGCAAUUUGCUAGCUUUUGAUAUACUAAUGCUAUUAACGAUACAUUUAAGAUAGUUCUUUAUUGUUUGUAGAUGUUUGUUCUCUUUAUUGAUAAGAAGUUUAUCUUAUAUUUUUUAAUAAACAAAAUUUUGUUCUAUUUUAUUACAUAAAAAAACGUGUUUACAAGGUUGUUAAUAAAUACCAAAUUUUGCUA